AGCGACUGCUGGGCACGCAGCCGGGGCGGUUGAGGGCGCAUAAUUCCCGGUCUCUCUCCCCGGGAGACAGACGGCAGGGCGGGCACCUGGCUGGGUGGGGCCGAGGGGCGGUACGCACCCAGGGGGAAGCCAAUGAGAAAACCAGGCCCGGCCCGAGGGGCGGUGCCGUCGGUCACAUGCGCACCUGGGACGGCUGGCGGCUGUGGCACGGACACCCCGAACGGGAGGAAGGGAACGGGGCCGGUCUGGGGCGGGGUUAGGCAGGUGACUGACAGGCUCCGGGGGGCCGGCCCCAGCUGGGAGCCGCGAGCGAUCUAGGAGUAGCUGCUGCGGUGUCCGCCCCCUCCCUCCGCCCCUCCAGCCGCUGGUCUCUGGCCGGGCACUGUCGCGGGCCCCCCUGGCCUGGCCACCUCCCUCUCCCCUGGCCCGCAAAGUUUGUGGCGAAGCCGGCGUCGGGCAGAGCGCGCCCCAGGGGAGAUCCAGGAUCUCCCGAUGUCGGGCUGCGGGAGCCGUUGACCCGGGGACGCCGCGGUUCGGGGCAGCAGCGUGGAGCAGCCGACCGGCCGCCGUCUCCGGUGCAUGGGGACCGGCUGAGAAGCCAACAUGGGCAACUGCGUGGGGAGACAGCGCCGGGAGAGGCCGGCAGCUCCGGGACACCCCCGCAAGCGAGCAGGACGAAACGAGCCCUUGAAGAAGGAGCGACUCAAGUGGAAAAGUGACUACCCCAUGACUGAUGGGCAGUUGCGGAGCAAGCGAGAUGAGUUCUGGGACACAGCACCUGCCUUUGAGGGCCGCAAGGAGAUCUGGGAUGCCCUCAAGGCUGCCGCCUAUGCUGCUGAAGCUAACGACCAUGAGCUGGCUCAGGCCAUCCUGGAUGGAGCCAGCAUCACCUUGCCUCAUGGAACCCUUUGUGAAUGCUAUGAUGAGCUGGGCAAUCGCUACCAACUGCCCAUCUAUUGCCUGUCACCACCUGUGAACCUGCUGCUGGAGCACACAGAGGAGGAGGGCCUGGAGCCCCCUGAGCCCACCCCUAGUGUGCGCCGCGAAUUCCCACUGAAAGUGCGCCUCUCCACAGGCAAGGACGUGAGGCUCAGCGCCAGCCUGCCCGACACAGUGGGGCAGCUCAAGAGGCAGCUGCACAGCCAGGAGGGCAUCGAGCCAUCCUGGCAGAGAUGGUUCUUCUCUGGGAAGCUGCUUACAGACCGCACACGGCUCCAGGAAACCAAGAUUCAAAAAGACUUUGUCAUCCAGGUCAUCAUCAACCAGCCCCCACCACCCCAGGACUGAUAGGCAGCUGACUCCUGGGAGGAGAGGCCAUGGGGGCCCUGCAGGCUGUGGGGCCUAGGCCUGGAGCAGAAGGCCCCCUGCCUGUUGCUGCCUUCAGUGCUGUUGUCUUCUUCAGGGGCGCCUCCUGCCACCCUGCUGUGUGGCUCUCACUGAGCUAUGAAGGGAUUUGCCUUCCAGGGCACUGGAUCCACCAGUGCCCGGCACCUGGGGGUAGUGCUCCUUGCCAGCCGCACACAGGCCUUGGCCAGCCUUGUCGGAGCAAAGGCCCCUAGCACUUUCCACCACAGGGUGGAGCCACGGGCUGGCCUGCAGACCCUAGGACCCAGGUCUGUCAUCUGGUGCCACCACUGUGCUCACUCCAGUUUCUGCUCAGGGUUGGAAGCAAUUGCUGUCUCCCCCUUUAUCCCUCACCAUGGCUCUGCCCUGGGCACAGUGCCAGUCCCCUGGAGGGGAGGGAAUCACCAGUGAGCCCCAGGGCUUGGAGAACUUGAGGCAAGCCACCCUGCCUCUCCCUGCACCCAGCACAAUCGGCAGAGAUGAGGCAGGUGGCCAGAUAGCCAGGCUUUAUGGCAGGGGUCUACACAGGGCCAUCCCCAACUGUAACCCAGGCAGGGUGGGUCUGUAGCCUGGUCAUGGCUCCAGCAGGGCCCUGUGUACAGACACAUCUGCAUUUUAUCAAUAAAGCCUUUUGCUCCUC